AUGGUAACAGUCAGAACUGUGUUAGCAAUUGCAGCCUCUAGAAAAUGGCAUGUACAUCAGAUGGAUGUCUAUAAUGCAUUUUUACAGGGUGAUAUUCAUGAUGAGAUUUACAUGGAUCUUCCACAAAGCCCAUAUGAUCAUUCUUUAUUUGUUAAGAAAACUGAAAGUGGAACCAUUGUUGUGUUAGUAUAUGCAGAUUAUAUGCUUCUAGCAGGAGACAAUCUGAAACUGAUACAAGAUACAAAAGAAGCUCUUCAACAGACUUUCAUAAUGAAGGAUCUAGGAGAACAAAAGUAUUUUCUUGGAAUAGAAUUUGCAAGGUCAAAACAAGGAAUUCUGAUGCAUCAGAGAAAGUAUUCUUUGGAACUAAUAUCUGAACUUGGAUUAGCAGCAUCUAAACCUGCUAGCACACCUAUGGACACAAACAUAGAACUCACUACAAGAGAAUUUGAUGAACACUUUUGUCAAGACAAACUAGCAGAGGAUGAUAUACUAGCAGAUCACGGCAGCUAUCAAAGACUCAUAGGUAAACUAUUAUACUUAGCUAUUACUAGACCUGAUAUAUCCUAUAGUGUUCAAACACUCAGUCAGUAUCUACAACGGCCAAAAAGGUCUCACAUGGAACUUGCAUUACGAAUUGUGAAAUAUAUCAAAAGCCAACCAGGACAAGGUACUAGCAACAACAAUGAAACAAUCACAGCCUAUUGUGAUGCUGAUUGGGAAGCAUGUUCACACUCCAGAAAAUCAGUUACUGGCUAUUUAAUCAAGCUAGGAGAAUCACCGAUUUCAUGA